CCUUCUGGAAACUGAUAUAAGCAAUCGGAACCUCGUGUAUGAGCUCAAAGCUGUUUGUGUUCGCUCAGGAUUGUCGUCGUCGAGAGGCCACUUUUUCGUGUUCCGCAGAAACGCCAACGACGGAGAUGGCAUCUGGGAACGAAUUGACGACAAGGUGGUGAGCACGGUCAAAUGGGAAGAUGUGAAGAAGAAAUCGUUUGGCUCAUCCAUUGAAGGAACAGCAGCACAGAUGCUAUUACAUAUUCGGAAAGAUGUGGAUCACUCCCGAGAUCGAUCGGAUGAAUCUGAAACAAUUGGUGAUGUCUCGCAUGCUUCUUCAGCUGUUGCUUACCUGCCAGCAGUGCUACCAACAUCACAAAAGGCAAUCCCAUCAAAUUUUUUGUUCUUCCUGAAGCAGCAAACGAAGGACAUCCAGAAGCCGCUCGAGUUGCGAUCACUUUUCCGCGGGUACAUAGCGUAUGCGAAAAGUAGGAAACAGAUGGAAACGAUGAUGCGACUAAUCAUUCCACAGCUUUCAAAAACGGUAGAAGAAACAACGGACUUCAGCGACCAGGAAAAAGUUCAAAUGAUCUUUGGAGCACGAAUUCGAAUGAAUCAGUCAUUCUGGGAGAGGUUCAAACCUUCUGCGCAUCUGACACUCGACAAAUUCUCUCGGCUUGCAUUCUUCAAGUCGGACACAUUGUUGUUGAUAGCUGAUAGGUGGGAACUUCCGGAUGGAACUAUGAAUAAAAGAUGGUGGGGCAAAGGUGAACAGCCAGUGAUCAUCGAGGGAUUGACCAUCAGAGCUCAUUCAACUUCGUCAUCAGAAGGUCCCACCGAUAAGAAAAACCAAGAAGCAGAUUUUAUCCCGACAAAAAGAAGAAAGAGGACUGACGGGGAAAACAAUAACUCAUAAUUUUUCAUCAGAUCUAGUCACACAGUUUUUGUUGUUUCAUAUGAUUUUUACUUUUUUUUUAAUUCUGAUUUCCUUCAUGCAUAAUAUAGAUAGUUUUGAUAUUCAAAUGUUUCUAAUGUGAAUAAAUUUGCAAUCGGACUA